AUGGAACGAAAUAGGGGCUGAGAAAGAGAGAGAGAGAUAGGAGGAAGGAGAGAGAGAGAGACGCAGAGAAAUUGACGGAUAGAUACAAAGAGGGACAGAGCUCUGAACCGAGAUAAAGAUUUAUACAGAAGGAGAGGGAGAGAUAGAAUGAGAGAGAGAGCGUGAAACUGAACGGGAAGAGAUAGAAAUAGGCAGAGGUACAUAAACAGAGAGAGAGAUAUAGGAAGGGUGUGAGAGAUGAAUAGAGAGAGAGACAACGAGUGAGAGAGAGAGAGAGAGAGACAACAAGUGAGAGAGAGAGAGAGAUAAAUUGAGAGAGAUCCAAAGAGUGAGAAAGAUACAGAGAGAGAGAGAGAGAAACAACGAGGGAGAGAGAGAUAACUCGAAAGAUAGGGAUAUAUCGAGGACUGGGUCACAUCCACAUGAAGAGAGAUAUAAACACUGAGAUACAUCGAGGGAAAGAGACAAAUUAGUAAAGAUAAAGGGCAGAACGAGAAAAGCAAAUCGAGCAAAAAAAAAGAGAUUCCAAGGGAAAGUUUUACAAAGAAGGAGACGGGAGAAAGAGAGGGAGAGGGAGAUAGAGAGAGACAGAGAGGGACACUGUCAGAGUCUGUAAGACAGAAAGAUAGACAGAGAAACGGGGAGAGAUUGAUCGAGAGCAGAAAACAGAGUGACAGAGGCGAAGUUGGAGAGAUCGCUGAAGGGAGACAGAAAGAGAGAGAGAGUGUGUAAGAGAAAAGAGAGAUAGCAGACUGACGGAAGGAGAGAGACAGAUAUAGUAGGAGUGUGACUGAGGGAGCGAGAGAGAGACGGAGAGAAAAUGAGAGAGAUGGACAGGCAGAGAGGGAGUGGUUAGAAAAAAAAGUGAUUAAGAAAUUUGGAAAGAGAGAAAGAACUCCCGCAGUUCCCUCAGAUCCCAGUGGUCACUGGAGCCCAGUUGGCCCUUCCCAGAAACAUGUAUCCAUCAGGAAUCCUGCAGCCCUCUGGGAGAGCCUCCCCUCGGAGGGGAGUGGGAAAGGGAGCAGGAAGGGGAGCUGGGGGGAGCUCUCCGAAAUACAAAUGCUCGCUCACCCCCUCCACUCACUCCUCGGAGCGAGGGAGAGGAACGGGGCACGCACCCUCCCAGGCCAGAUACAGGAUCACUGCAAACACUCAACCCCAGCGGCGCUGGUCCAAAAUCUUCCAGAUAAUUCUGACUGGAAUGGCAGUGACAUUGCUCAUCUCAGGCCUCGUUUACCUCCUGGUCAAGACCACGAAACUCGAUCGGGCCUUCACUCAAUUCCAGGCCAACUCCAGCCAACUCGGCAAGUUCUAUGCCGAUCUGAAGGACACCAUCGCUGCGUCCGUGCACAGUCACAGCUUGAGUAACCUAGCCGCCAUGCCCAUCCACACCAUCUUAAACGCCCUCGUUGACUAUGGAUACACGCAAUGUCCAGGAGGAUGGGUAUUGUCCCAAAGGAUUUGCUAUCUCUUUUCCAACCAGCUUGACUCUUGGCAGGGGGCCAACCGCACCUGUGUCUCAUAUAACGGCACGCUCGUCAUUGUGAACAACCACACUCAACAGGAAUUCCUGAUGAAACAUUAUCGCUUGAGCCGCUGGAUUGGACUGUCUAAGCUCACCAACAACAUCAAUGAGUUCCAAUGGGUCAAUGGCGCUCCCUUGGUGACCAGUUACUGGUCCCUGGGCGAACCGGAUAAUUCCAUGGGUAGGCGGUGCGUGCGGAUGACCGUGGGCGGACGUUGGAGGUCUGAACAGUGCGCCCGACGCUACGCCUACAUCUGCCAGGUCAACUCCAUUGACUAUGUUGUCCAGCAGCUGCACUUGCCUUUUUCCGUGGUGUAG